AUGAGAAAUUUCACUAAGCAGUUUUUAUCUCAGCUUACUUUCCAUUUGCAGAGGAGCAAGAGAUCCUUCUGCGCCCUUCUUUCUGUCUGCUCCAUCUGUCUGCUAGCUUACAACAGCGCCAGCAUAUUCUGCACGCGGGUCCCUAUCCCGGCCAAAAUCCCGCCGGAGCCAGCCACCUUCUCCUCGGCAAUCGUCGCCGGAAAAUCAAGAAAGUUCUUCUCUUUACCCUCCUCGGCGAAGCUCUCCUCCUCCGCCCUCUACUCGGUCAGGGACGAAGCCCCGGCCGCAAAAUCGGCGGCCCAUCUGCAUAAAAAUCGGAACUUGGUGGUCCCCACAAGCAGACAACAAAAGGGGCAGAAGGGUUUCGAAGCUAGAGUGAGGGAUUUUUUCGCCGGCGGCGGCUGCAAGCUCCGGUUUUUUAUGACAUGGAUUUCAUCUUCCUCAGAUUCCUUCAGGGAAAGAGAGGUUUUUGCCGUGACAAGCUUAUUCAAUGCCCACCAAAAUGGCUCUUGUUGUCUGAUAAUCGCCUCGAACUCGCUCGAUUCGGACAAUGGGACUCAAAUCUUGAGACCCCUUUUGGACAAGGGUUUUAAAGUCGCCGCCUUUUCGCCUGAUUUUGAUUACCUCUUCAAGGGUACACCUGCUGGGGAAUGGUACAACCAGUUAAUGCGUGGGAAUGUGAAUCCCGGCGAGGUCCCUUUAGGCCAGAACCUUUCGAAUUUGCUCCGGUUAGGUUUGCUGUACAAAUUUGGUGGGAUAUAUUUAGACACUGAUGUGAUCGUCUUGAAAAGCCUCGAAGGCUUGAAAAACUCAAUUGGGGCCCAAACGGUUGAUCGGGCCACGAAAAUUUGGAGCCGGUUGAAUAAUGCUGUGAUGAUCUUCGAUGCUGGCCACCCUUUGCUGUACAAGUUCAUUCAAGAAUUUGCGCUAACGUUUGAUGGGAAUAAAUGGGGUCACAACGGGCCUUACAUGGUGUCGAGGGUCGUGUCGAGGGUGGCCGGGCGGCCGGAGUACAAAUUUACGAUAAUGCCCCCCACGGCGUUUUACCCGGUCGACUGGAGUAAAAUCGGGAGCCUGUUUGAAGGGCCAAAGGGCUCGAGCCACUCGAAGUGGAUUGUCGCGAAAUCGAGGCAGAUUAUGAGCAAGAGUUUAGGUGUUCAUUUGUGGAAUAAGCAGAGUAGAGGGUUUGAAGUCCAAAAGGGCAGCAUUAUUCAGCUCUUAAUGUUGAGCUGUGGGUACAAUUUUUCUACUGAGGUUUAA